CGGCACACAACAAUUGUGAAAUGCAAGGCUUAAUAACCAUUUUCACUAUUAAAUUUGAAGUAGUAGUAAGAUGUUACUAGAUUGCUAUCAAAAAUAACAAUUAACGUCCUGGUGUGUUGUUGUUCGAUUCACUGUGAAUUUUCAUUUUGCAAAUAUAUUUAUUAACUUAUCUUUAACUUUUCGACACGCAAUAUAUGAAUUUUCGAAGAAAUUGUAAUAAUAAAUGUUGUUUCGAAACGGUGGCUUCAAAAUGAUAGGACAUUUAUGGAUUACUUUUUUAACGGUUGCGAAGUUAUCGUCUGGAAAGUAUAUAGAGAUAUUGAAUGCAACCGACACGAACGCGCUUCGCAUUCUGGUUGGUAAAAAUGGCCGGGUAUACAUACACACAGGCAACAAUAUGCUGCAGUUUAACAAUUUAUCGCUCCAGCCGUCUAACCUUGCGUUCAAAGUGAACAACUCUGAUUGCUUUCCACGAAAUCCCACCGUCUGUCCACCUUCUGUAUUUGAGAUGAUUACCUUCGGAGACGAUCUAUUCCUGAUGGUGUGCGGCUCAGCGUACGAUGCUCAAUGCCUGCUUCACUUAGGCUCCAAUAUUUCUAAUGUGAGCUACAUGGAGGCAACUUCAGUUAAUAGAUCUGCAGCUGCAAUGUUUGGAAGUCCAAUAUCGUCUAUGAUUUUACAAAGUCAGUCGAGUUUUCUUGCAGCGAUUUCUCCGGCUAAAACUGGGAUGGUAUCUGGUUGCACUGGGAUGGUAUCUGGUUGCCCAACAACCGCCGAAAGUUUGGAUACUCAAAAUACGUCAUGCAAUAGGCAUUUUGCACUUUCUCAACGAAUACUUCGUCGCCAAAAUGCCACUCAUUUCAAAAUUCACUAUGAAAACCCAAGCCUUGAACCGGACGCUCUCUUUAUUGCCGCUAAACCAAAUAUUUCUUUUCGAUAUAUAUACGGUUUUAAUUCCAUCAACGUGAACACGUCACAUAACUAUUACCUGUUGAAAAACAGGCCGACAAAUGAGGGCACAGAGAUUGGUUACAUAAUCCAGGUUUGUGCAAAUAGCUCCUACUUUUCAUCAUACAUGGAGGCGAAAAUAGAGUGUAAUGGAUACAAAAGCAUUGUUGCUGCAACAGCACUCACCACUCAAAAGGAACAGAUUUUAUAUGUCGUCUUUAAAGGCGAGACAUUACAGGGCGUUAACCAUAUGUGCGUGUAUCGUGUUAGCUCAAUAACUAACUUUUUCGACGAUCAGUUGAAGCAGUGUUUUCACAACGCCCGCGGAUCCGCGCCUGACUGGAUCGAUUGUGCUGAGCCGGCAUGUACAGAUAAAAUGACAAAUACGAAGAUCAAAUGCGGGUAUACUGGAAGAAACAGACGUAUUAUGGCCGACGGGUCGCUUACUGACGAAUUUCAUGCCCUGACCUUCACUGAAAACAUCACCUGCCUUGCCGCCCGGACCGAUGGGGACCAGGGAAACGUCCUUUGUGUACUGGGGACCAACAACGGCACCGUUCUUAAAACUUUAUUCGACAAAGAGUAUAAAUUGCGGAAUGACCUUCUGUCGGUGUCCCCCAUUUCAUCUCGUGUUGAAAGUCUCACAAUGGACCCGGCUGGCAGAGCAGUCUUCUAUAUUUCCAAGGGAAACGUCAUCAAGCUGUCACUGGACGACUGCGGGAUACACACAGAGUGUGCGGCUUGUCUUCGAGACCGGACUGAAGGUGCUGGCAUGCAAGUGGAGCAUUUCAAUUACUGGGCAUGGGCAAUGCGUCGACAAAACAUUGGCUAUUGCGAAUAAUACACAAUAUUCUGUCGGUUCUUGCCCACCGAUUAUUCAAAA